CCAUCUGUCUGUCUGACUGUCUGUCUGUACGGACACCGCAGGCAGUCUGAUCGCGCACACAGCAGACAGGACUGCACGACCAUGAGCUCGGCGUUUUCCUGACGGCCUCCCUCCUCUCACAUCCUGCAGCUGAAAUCUGUGUGAUCUGUCCAUUCAGAGCAGAGGAGGAGGGGAAGCACUGCAGCAGCCAUGCCGGGCCUGCUCCACAUCACACUGACUGCUCUCCUGGCCGGCUGCUUUGCCUUCAGAUCGGGUCCGUCCCAGCGUGUCAUAGCCCUCAGUUCUCCUGUGGCUCGUCUAUUCUGGGAUGAAGGCCCGGCCCAGCCACACUUCAUCCAGGAAUUAGUCAGAACCAAACGCCACUCAGUCCCUGAGUUAGUCCGAGCCCAGCCUCAUUUGGUUCACGACAUGGGCUGGCCAGAGAUACAUGAAACGUCACGCUCCCAGGCCAAGAUGGACUCCGCUUACUCCUCUCAGGCGAACCCACCAUCGUCUGCCGGUCUUCAGGAUGUAGUCAGGACCCGCCCUGCUGUGGGUGAAAACCUCGAUGUGGAAGACAAGAUGGAGCGCAUGGUUCAUCUGGCGGUUCCCCAGGACGCACAAAGCUACCGGGGGGGCUCAGACUCCACCGACCCAGAGCAGGAGCUCCACGGUGGGCCAGGAGCGGGCGAUGCCUCCCUGGAGGCUUCAGGCUACUACGGAACGGACAUGGAGGACAGAGACAGAGGAGAGGAGGGAGGAGAAGACCGAGAGAGGAGAGGGGGAGAGGACGAGUGGGAGAGAGACACGGUGGAGGACAGAGAGAGGAGUGGGGGAGAGGCCGGAGGAGAGGAAGAAGAGAGGGGAGGAAGGACACAUGGUCAAGAUGUUCAUGCACUGGAUGCCAAUCACACAACUCCAGAUCUGGACGCUCUGAUUGGCUACAGUCCAUCUUUACAACCCUCCAGCUCACCCAACCAGCCCAGCAUCUCCCCCCCAGCUGCGGUGCAUGAUUCUGGGCUACACGAGCAUCGUGCUCCCCCUGUGCUGGAGGUGGGUCCUUUAGAGAGAGAGCUGUGGGAGGCGGAGCCGGAGGAAGCUGGUCAUUCCAGUGGCUACGGAGUCCUUCACUCCUCCGUCACCACUUCUGCUCCGACCGCUGCUGUGGGCGACGCCGCGGGAACGGCCACCCCGGAGACGGACACGGGCACAGACUUUGGGCUGCUGGGGAGUUACACGAAAGAUGAGACCGAGGAUGAAGAGACAGAGAGGGAGGAAGAGGAGGUGGAGGAGGAGGAGGAGGAGGAGGAGGAGGAAACGGGUCUGCCACACAAAGGCGUAUUUACCCAGAAUCCCACUGUAGCAGAGGUUGGCGUGGCUCCCAGCAGAGAGCCCCUGCAGCCCAGUGUGGAGGAAGAGGACGAACACGAGUUAAAAGGGGGGAAACUGCAAGACAGAAGUGAAGAGGAGGAGGACUGGAGACAGACGGAGGAGGAAGAGGAGAGAACGAGAAUAAGUCACAUCGUCCCGCUCACCACUGAUCCCGCCCUCACCGCCGGCUUCACCGACGUGUCCUGGGAUUGGCCGGGGAAGACCACGCCCCUGCAGACCUCGAGGUCAGAGGUCAGGGGCGGAGGGGUCACAGAGGUCCAUGAUGGUGAUGAGAUGGACGAGGCAGGGCAGGUGGUGUGUGUGGAGUGGAGCAAGAUGGUCGGACGUGGAUACGUCAUCCUCAACAUGACGCAGAACUUGAACUGUGAGGAGUUUCGUGUGGACCAGGGCGUACGGUUGUUGAAGGUCAUGGAGCGAGUGUUCGCUCGAAGAAUGAACAGCCCCGAGGGAUCAUGGUUAAUAUCUCUGAGCAAGCCGACACACCAGCAGCACCAGCUGCUGAUGAACGUGGAGUCUGAGCGCGGAGUGGUGAUCGCCACCAAGGAUGUGCUGAGCAUGCUGGGAGAGAUCAGGAAAAGUCUGAAUAAGGUGGGCAUCCAGAACUACAGUGCGGCCAGUAGCUGCCCGUCUCGUCCCAGUCAAACGCGCAGCGACUACGGGAAGCUGUUCGUGGUCCUGGUGAUCAUCGGCUCCGUGUGCAUGGUCAUCAUCACGUCUGGAUUCAUCUACAUCUGCUGGCAGAGACGACUGCCUGCAACCAAGACUACGUUUCGCACGGAGGAACUUCACUUUGUGGAGAACGGUUGCCACGACAACCCCAUGCUGGACGUGACCAAUGACAAUCAGUCUGAGAUGCAGGAGAAGAAGCCGAGCACCAAUGGGCUCUCGGGAGGAGGAGGAGGAGGAGGAGGAGGAGGAGGAGGAGGAGGGGAGGAGAGCAGUCGCUGGCAGGUGUUUGUUAAUCAAGGAGCGACUGAGGAGGAGGAAGAGGAGCAGGACACACAUCUCUGAUGGACGAAGAGGAAGAGGAGACAGGUUAUGAAGGUCUUUGACAGACAGAUGUGAAUGGAGCUUAGAGGGAAGAAGAAGAAGAAGAA